UGCUUCCACGGCUCCGGCCUCCGGCCACGUCGCGAGGGCAAGGGCAGCCACAUAUAUGGCGGAAUGCGCCGCAGCGGCAGGCCACGCUCACCUCGCAGCCACCAUAGGCGAGCCCCUUCCAUCUCCUUCCCUUGCUCUCCCUAACGUGUCCCCCUCUUCCCCCAACCGUCCCCCACCUCCCCCCCAUCUUUUAAUCUCCCCCCGCCCCCGGCUUCGUUAUAUUGGGGUCAGCAAGGCAUCAGACAACCGGUGUUGCCAAGGGCUCAAGAAUCAUUGCUGUUCUAGCUCGCUUUUGCCCGCGUAAUUAGUGUGUGUAGCUCUGCUCGAUCAGCUGCAUGGCUUACUCCGGCGACGUCGAGGAGGUGCCGGAGCACAGCGCGGCUCACCCGGCCGAGGCAUGCACGGGCGGCUUGGCGGAGGAAAGCCGGCCGGUCGCGGCCGACGCUACGUCCUCAGAUCACCAUGCGGCGGUGGCGGCGCAAGAUCAAGCUGGAAGAAUGUCUACGUCCAAGGAGAAGCGGGAGGCGGGGAAGCUGCUGCAGCCAGCGGACAAGGAGGAGGAAGGGGAGACCGCGCGGGAAAGGCUGAAGCGGCACAGGCGGGAGAUGGCGGGGAGGGUGUGGGUGCCGGAGAUGUGGGGGCAGGAGAAGCUGCUCAAGGACUGGAUGGACUGCUCCGCCUUCGACCGCCCGCUCGUGCCGGCCGGCUUGCUCACUGCGCGCCGGGCGCUCGUGGCCGAGUCCUGCGCGCGCCGCCCGGCCCCGGCACCACCUGCCAGCUCCAGUCCUCUCCGGGUGCAAGACGGCUGCUCCUGAGCUACUGCUUCACCUCUACAUGCACAUAUGCCUAGCUUCUUCUUGCUCAAAUAAGAUACUGUCCUUGUUUCCGAGUUAUGAAGGUCGAUCUUUUUGUGGUUUAAUGGUGACGAUGUGAAAAUUACAUUUACAUUUCAGCUUAUUUAGCUUAUACUACCAAUAAUUCAGAAACAACCAUCUCGAUGCGAUACGAUUGAUGCAAAUUUUUAGCUAGUGAUGAUCGAUCGAGGAGCGUUGUUCUCCAAGUCUCUGUAGAUAGAUGUAUAUGUUGUGCUUGAUGAUGUUGCUAGUACUGUUAAGAGCCAUAUCAUAUGUACGUAGUAGCUACCACCUUUGAUUAGACAGUUCGGUGAAAAAAUA